GACUGCGGCAUGGCUACGCGGGCCAAGCGGAGAGCGGCGGGGCCGCCCGAGCGGCGGGAGCCGGACGGGGACGAGCAGGACUCGGACUCGGAGCAGGGGGAUUCGGCCUCCGAGGAGGGAGAGAUCAACGAGGAAGUGAAUGUUGAAUUUGAAGCACAUUCGAUAUCGGAUAAUGACUAUGAUGGGAUAAAGAAAUUACUGCAACAGCUGUUUCUAAAAGCUCCAUUACAUGCUGAGUUAACUGACAUAUUAAUACAACAGAAUCACAUUGGAGUGUUAUCAACGCAAGGCGAAGUUCAAGAAGAAAGUGGUGAUGAUGAUGAAGAUGAUGAAGUUUUUGGCUUCAUAAGCCUCUUAAACUUAACUGAAAGGAAGGGUACUCAAUGUGCUGAACAAAUAAAAGAGCUGAUUCUAAGCCUGUGUGAGAAGAACUGUGAACAGAAUAUGGUUGAACAGCUGGAUAAGCUCCUAAGUGACACCACCAAGCCUGUGGGCUUCCUACUAAACGAAAGAUUUAUUAACGUACCACCACAGAUUGCUCUGCCCAUGCACCAGCAGCUUCAGAAAGAAUUGGCUGAAACUCAAAGAACAAAUAAGCCAUGUGGAAAGUGCUACUACUAUCUUCUCAUCAGCAAGACCUUUACAGAGACAGCAAAGCGCAGCUCUAAGAAGAAAGGAGAGAGCAGACAGCAGAAAGAGGAAUUAAUGUUUGCAAAUGCAGAGGAAGAAUUCUUUUAUGAGAAAGCCCUUCUGAAGUUCAACUAUUCUGUGCAAGAAGAGUGUGACACGUGUUUGGGAGGCAGAUGGUCCUUUGAUGAUGUACCAAUGAAACCUUUGCGAACUGUUAUGUUGAUUCCAUCUGAUAGGAUGAAUGCAAUCAUGGAUAAACUGAAAGAAUAUCUCUCAGUCUAGACAGUUUCCUUGGAUAAUGUUUUUAUAAAGCAACCAUGCAAAACUAUAUGCCUUUUGAAUAGUUCCAAAUUCCCAAAAAUUUUAUAAUGUCGUCAGUUUUAUGUUCCUCAGGUAUCACCUUUGUAUUCUGGUGAAAUGUCUAGGUUGUACAACUAACAAUGUCAAUCAUACAGUUACUAUAAAAUACUUUAUCCUAGUAGACUUUGGAGUCACCAUUAAGAAUGCAAUAAAAAAAAUCCUACAUCCCUAA